AUGUCGUCGCCGACUCCUCUGCUGUGCGCGCUGGUCCUGCUGGCUCUCCCCUUCCUCCUCGAGGCCCAAGGGACGCCGGCGGCGUCACCGGCGCCGGCGCCGGCGGCGGGCCCCGAUCCAGUGGCCAUCUUGCAGGGCGCCCGCCAGUACGGCACGCUCCUCAAGCUACUGAAGGAUAGAAACCUUGUCAACGCCAUCGCGGACCAGCUGAAGAACGGGCUCACAAUCUUCGCCCCCACAGACAAAGCCUUCAACAACCUCCCCAACGGCAUCCUCCAGUCGCUCUCUCCGGAAGUACAGACGCAGCUGCUGCUGCUCCACGUAGUGGGCAAGUACUACAGCAAGGAUAAGCUCUCCACCGCCGGUAACCCCGUCCGCACGCUGGCCACCAAUUAUACCCUAAACUUCACCGGCGGCAACAACCAGGUCAACGUGUCCACCGGAGUGGUGAACAUCCCGGUGAACAACGAGCUCUACGUCAAAUCCCCGCUCGCCAUCUUCUCCAUUGACGCCGUUCUGAUCCCGCCGGAGCUGGCCGGCGGGAAGGCCCCCGCGCCGCCGACGGCGCCGGCGCCGCGGCCGGUGUCGGGGAGCUACAGGGGGCGGAGGGUCGCCUGGAGAGUGCCCCUGGGGGCUGGGGUUGCCUUCCUGGGCUUGCUCCUGUGA